AUGGGUACUUUAAAGGUGAAUCUGAAUGAAACAGAGGUUUUGAUGAGCAGUGGGGAAGACAGAGGCAGUAUAGUAAUACAAGGAAGAAGAGGCUUGAUUAUAAAACAGGUGGAAAAGUUUAAAUACUUAGGAUCUACAUUAAGCCAAGAGGGAGGAUGUGAGGCUGAAGUUGACAGUAAGAUAAAAGCUGCAUGGUGGAAGGGGGGAGAGGUAACUGAAGUAGUAUAUGAUAAGAAAAUGCCAACCAAGCUACAAGUCAAGAUCUAUAGCACAGUGGUAAGACCAGUGUUAAUGUAUGUAACAGAUACAUGGGCUCUAAGAAGAAAACAGGGAGUAAAGCUUGAGAGAACAGAGAUAAGAAUGCUGAGGUGGAUUAUGGGAAUAUCGCUGCAUGAGAGAUUGAAAAAUGACGAAGCAAGAAGGGCCAUGGAAGCCUUCAAAGAGGGAAGCAAGGAGGCGUCAGAUGAUGAAUAUGAAGAUGAUGACCUCUGUGAAAACUUACUGCAACACAGGAAAGGAAGGUGCUAUGUCAUGGCAUGGGAAAGCACUGAUCAAGAGCAGAGUUCGGCUCAACAGACAAAAGAUCUGGUUGAUCGAGCCGAGUCGAGUGAGGUCAGCAGAUCACCACUACAUAAUUAUAAGUGGAAUCAUCAGCAAAUAACUAUCACUUCUUCCCAGUGA